GUCAAGGGCAUCGAAAAACUAACGUUAGCCAAGCCGAGCAGUAGCUGUCCACACGUGCAUUUACAGAAGAACAAUAGAGCUGCAGCUUUCGUAGAAACUCUGGUGGAAAUGGAAGGGUUCGGGUCAGACAUCCCCGCGGGUGGUUCGGGUGGGAAAGUGGACACCGGGACCAUCAUGGAGCAGGUCAAGGUCCAGAUCGCGGUUGCUAACGCUCAGGAGCUGCUGCAGAGAAUGACAGACAAAUGCUUCAAGAAGUGCAUAGGUAAACCGGGCAGCACGCUGGACAACUCUGAGCAGAAAUGUAUUGCCAUGUGUAUGGACCGGUAUAUGGACGCCUGGAACACCGUGUCCCGAACAUACAACUCCAGAUUACAGAGGGAAAGAGCUCGUAUGUGAAAAAGCCCUCGCUUCAUCCUCCCUUUCCCUUCUGCUGACGCUGACGGUGAGGAGGAGUACAGUGUUUCCACUGGAGUCCAGGCGCUGUGCACAGGUGUGUCGUGGCAGCAGCAGCAGCUGCACACCUUCGUCAUCCCAAUCCAUCCCAGACCGACAGCAAGACAGGCAAGCGGAGCCUGUGGACUCGAGUCUAAACAAAAGUCUCUGUGGAUAUUUUCAUUUUACUCUGUGAAACAGUGAAGAAACAAAGUGUGAUUAUGACUGUUUUUAUGUUUAUGAAUAAUAAAUCUUCUGGUUCACAAGUAAACAUGCGUUGUAAAAAGCCGCAAUUUUCACCUGCACGUUUAAAGAUCAUGAAACUCCAAACGCCUGUUGGAAGGAACACAAGUGUGAAUAAGUACUUGCUAGCCUAGACAUUUGGAAUUAUGGCAGUGUGUCUUCGAUAGACACUGAAACCUCUGCCUCUGCAUUAAGGUUGAAUGUGUCUGGAGAGUUUGUAUAAUUGGAACACAUAACUGUAAACAUGACUAAUGUCUUUGACACCACAAGUGCUCCUAUAAAAAUACUUUUGUCAUGUC